AUGCGGUGGCUCGGCAUCUGGCUUGACAGCACCCUGACGUUCAAGACGCACGUCGAGAAGUGGACUGCCAAAGCGCAAUCAGUGGCCUACCAUCUCAAGGGUUUGACAAAUACCAACCGCGGCCCCCUACCAGGUGCGGUCCGGAGAGCCGUCCGCGCCUGCAUCGAGCCGCAAUUGUUCUUUGGGGCAGAGGCGUGGUACCCGGGCAUGACCUGCCCGCGAUGGAAUAAGCCGGCAAAGGAAGGGCCAUCAAGAAUACGGCACCUCAUCCGGCGGAUGGACAAGUCGCUCAACACGGCCAUGCGAGCCAUCCUCCCGGUCUGGAAGACGACGCCGCUCAGCGCCAGGCACCGGGAGGCGGGCAUACCGCCAGUUUCGCACCUGCUCCAGGCGUGUCGAACGCGCUUCGCAGCCCGUCUCAAGUCCUCGACGAAGCGCACCCGCUUGCGGUGCGCCAGGCCAGACCUUCUCGCACAAUCGGCGGCAAACUUCGGCGAGUGGCUCCAAUCAGUUGCUCCACGGACAGCAAUCGUCUACUCGGACGGAUCCUCUCCCGGAGGGAGCCGCGGGUACGGCUAUGCGGUACAUCAGGAUGGACUCACCGUCCUCAGCGAGGGUCUGCGUGCUGCGUUGAGCCUCCCGGCUGCAGACCAGAUUGUCGUAUGCCUCGAUAACCUCGCGGUCGCGACGUGUCUUCAAGGCAUGCCAUCAGAUUCCUCCCAGAAGGAGUUCCUGGAAUUCCAGGCCUUGGCCGCAGAACAUGGUGCCACUGAGAUCCGCUGGAUCCCCGGCCACACCAACAUCCCAGGUAACGAGCAGGCAGACGCCUUAGCAAAGGCAGGAACCUCUCAACCCGAGCCUGCAGACGCUCUCCCGACGCUGGCAUAUCUGCGCAAGGUCGCUAGGCAGCGACCAAAAGACGCAUUCAAAGCCUGGUGGAAGUUUCUGCACCCCAACAGUACAGGGUCCUCGACCUCGAUGCCACGACUGGCUGCCCGCCAGAACUUACCAUUCCACGACCUCUGCUCCACCAUCUGCUCGCAGCAAGAACCCACCACGGGGACUUCGCUGAUUACCACGAAAGGUUGA